AGUUUCAGAAAGUUCCCGUUUCAAAAUGUCCACAGCUCAGCGCGACGAGCAAAACGCACGCGACGAAGUAAAACACCAGGAUGCAAUUCGAGAAAUACAAGAUAGUGGUCCCACACGGUUACAACAAGAACUCUCUCGUAGUGAUCAUCAGCACCUGAGAAACAUGAAAAUGCUCGCAGAUGAAGCGGAUCGAUUUAAGAAAGAAGUUGACCAAAGAAUACUAAAAGAACAAGCUGAACACGAACAAAAAAAGGAGGAAAGCAUAAGAAAUGCACAAAUUGAGGUUGAACAAAAUUCGAAGAAAAUUGAUGUUUUAACAUCAAUUGCACUGAACCAUUUUGAAGACGCUACGUCUAAGUUCAACGAGAAAAAUCUGCACUUGGAUAAGGAAAUUGCUGAAGGAAAAGCUAGAAGCAUGAUUAUGGAAUCUGAAGUGGGAAGACAAAUCUUUGACGAAGUUGAUAACAAAAAAGAUAUGGAAGAACUUUUGGCUCAGAAAAAAACAGAAGUUUUAAUGGAUAAGAGAAAUGAAAUUCACGAAGCACAAAGAGAAGCAGCGUCGAGUGAGCGAGAGGAACGCAAGGAAAACCAAGUUAUGGCAAUUAAUGAUAUUCGAAGUGAUUUGGUUGACGUGCAGUCAAUGGGAAUGCAAGAUCUGGCUAUUCAGCGAUGUGUUGACGACCAAAAGAAUCGAAGACAAGUUAACGGCAAAAUGGCAGAGCUGAAAAAUGGGCCGAUGGCAGAUUUUGAUGGAUUCUUCGGUAGAGCAGCUGUUGUGCUUGGAGCAACUGAAGACCAUUUCGCAAGGUUAAGCGAAAGACAAAUAAGGUCAACCAAACAAUAUGUCACUCGCCUUUCCGAAUGCCUUCGUGCCAUUAACGACAAAGUUGGGGCAAUUGAACAAAACUUAGCAUUUUUGGAGUUGGAAGAUGUUUCAAUGAGUGAUGAGCUCCGGAAGAUCAAAUCUAAGGUUUCGGAUUUUCAACCAGUCAUUGCUGGCUUGAGACGUAAUCUUGAGCUCAAGAUUGCAAUUGAAGAAGAGAACAACAAACGUUUUAGUGACUUGAAAGAUGAUCUCUUUAAUAUCAUUAAUAAUCUUCAACCAAUUGCCGAAAACCGUCGUGUAAUUACUGAGAGUAUCCAACAAAGACAUAACGUGUCGAUGCCAAUCGAAGCGAUUUCCGAUGUUAGCCAGAAACUGGAAAUCAAAAAUUAAUUUUAUUAAUCUAAUGUUUUUUUUAAAGCCAUGUCAUUAUUCUUUAAAAAUAUUUUCCUUUAAUG